AUGUAUUUCAGCAAAUUCAUUCUUUUUCCGCUCCUCCUGGCCGCUGGGUCUCUCGCAGGCGAGGAUACUUGUCCUGCCGGUGCAGAUGAGGUCGUGGUUGUGAAGACAAUUACAGAAACCUAUUCUGUUCCAGUGCACCCGAGUUCUAUUGCGGUAUCAUCUGUUUCGCCUGUUUCUGCGGUGGAAUCUACUACCUCAAGAACUCCUGCUGCUGCGUCUUCUACUCAGGCGGCUUGGACGACUGUAGGGCUUCUGACUUCUACAACCUCGGUUUCUACGGUUCAGCCAAUCUCUUCUUCUUCUUCUUCUUCUUCUUCUUCUUCUUCUACUACUACUACUGCUACAUCCGCACCAACUGCCUCGACGUCCGAGACCUUCGUGGGACUGGGUACCAGAUACGGCGACGAUUGUACUGAAGAAGACUGCUGGCAAGGUGGCGCUUGCAGUUUCGUCGACUAUACACUCCCUGCUGGCAUUGAUGGCAGUACUUGUGUUUCGCAAGAUAUCUGGAACAACGGGGCUAAUUGUGGUGGUUGUAUCUCUGUUACGUACAAGGGAAAGACUAUCACUGUGAUGGUGACCAAUGAAACCGGUGGCAAUGCUACUCACCUGGAUAUGACACCUGCUACCUGGAGCAAGCUUACCAAUGGCUAUUCUGGCGGUGGCGUGGAUGGUAUCGAGUGGGAGUGGAUCACUUGCCCAAUCGCAACAACAACUCCCCUUGAAAUCAGAAUGCAUGGUGGUGCUAGCAAAUGGUGGUUCGCCGCGACUGUCGAGAAUGCUCGACUUCGUACUGCCAAGCUCGAGGUGAGCAGUGAUAGUGGCGCGACAUGGACAGCCGCUGUGCUCGAGAACUACAAUAUGUGGAUUCUUGAUGGAACUCUUCCCGACGAUACGGCCUGGGUCAGGGUAACCAGUAUCGAUGGAGAUCAGGUUGUUGUGGAGAACGUCGCUCUUCAGUCCGGCGUGGUUACUCAGGCUACUGAGAAUUACUAG